AACACAUAUACUAGUCAGAAAACUUUUAUUUUGUAACGCGAUUAAUCGCUUGACAGCACAAGCUAUAGAUAAUACACAGCCUACUACUCCCUUAUAUUCUUAUAUCAGUUAUUUUUCUAGUUUUUAACUAUUCCUAUAGUUUUUGCUGCCAUUAUUGCCUAAAGUUGCUUGUUCGCAAGUCACUUAGCAAAACAUUUCCAGAGCGCUUGCUCGUCCGCAACAGGACGAUUCCCGUGCUUGAAAAAUAAAAAAAAUAGACUUUAAUUGGGAACGCUGCACCUGUUGCACGCCCUGAACCAGACGCAAGCGAGUGCAUUCUUCAGGACGGGAGCCGAAUAAAGCGCAGGGACGAGUAAGCCUGCAUCCAAAUAAAAACUCCUCGCUGUUGCAUGGAAAAAAAAAAAAGUUUUUAAUCUGGGGAUUUAAAGUGGAUCACAUGCCCUGACCGAGCAACGGCGGCACGAGAGCGCGCGCAUUCCAGAGCAAGCCCCUCAAGCGUCGUUUGUUUUCCAGGUCGAGAAGAAAACACAUCGGGGGGACAACAAAAAAAAGCAUCAUCUUUUGAUGGACUUUCGCGGAGUUGGCCGUUUGUUCGCCGUCGGACAUGACGCCUUCCUACAGCCAGCGGUCUCUCGCGGUGCUCGCGCUUUCAGGGACGCUGUCCGGGAUGAUGUCCGUCUUGUCCGUCAUUUUGAUCUUCCAGCUCCGAGCGCAGCAGGCGGCCGUGAAGGACUCGUCCGCUUUAGGGCCGAGCGACGUCCCGGCCGUGUUGAUGCCCGUUUCCGCGGUCCUGUCGGCUCUGUCUCUGACGCUCAACUUAAGCUCGGUCGUCGUGUGUUUGCUUCACAGCUAUUUCGCCGCCGAAAUGUGCCGAGGAGAGCCAGACACGCGAAGGGCCGACUGGUUUCUGCUGGAUAGCAGGGUUGUUCGGCAUGUGACCACUGGACUGUUUUGCCUCGGAGUUUCAGUUUACUUAGCUGCCAUGUCUAUUUACAUGUUACUGGUGUUUGAAGUCGAGACGGGCAUAGCCAGCGUCUGCGUGCUGUCCUCCGGAGUCCUCGUCCUGUUACUCAUCAUUAUUCACUCCCUAAUACGGGCCGCACGCGCAGCCAAACGCUCGCGCAGUGAACAUGCCCACACCACGUACCGCAGCGAGCCUGAAAACGUGGCUGGAAUCCGUACGUCGAACCUAAGCCUCGCUGAAAAGCCACGGCGGCAGCACAGCUUAGCCAACAUGCACAGCUAUUUCAUCAACCCCGUUCACGUCGACCCUAAAUCGCAUUACUCGGCGUCUAACGGCCCUCGGGGCGAUAAGGACGGCUACGGCGGCGGUGGGAGCGGACGGACGCUUUCCACGGAGUCCGGCCUGUUUCAAGCGCAGGCCAAACCCUGGAACGGGGUCAACAGCGAGAUGAGAUCUGUAUUUGCUAGAAAAGCCACCAUCAAGGAUUCGACUUUAGUGUGAAUGGUUUCGCAUCCGGUUCACGCGAAGGGGACAGUUCGCCCCAAAAACGGCAAUUCUGUCGUUAAUUACUCGCUCUGAACACGGAAGACCUUCGUUCGUCUUCAGAAACCUAAUUAAGCUGCUCUUGAUGAAUUCUGAGAGCUCUGUCCCUCUGUAGACAAUCCAUGUGACAUCAGUGGUUCAAUUCUAUGAAACGGCGGGAAAAAAAAUGCGCAAAGAAAACAACAGCGGCAUAAUUCUCAUCCCCGAGUUACGGUCCUCCUCCAUUUUGGAGAGUAGCCCAGAGCGCAAUCAGCACCGUUUCUGUUCGGCAGACUUCGCGAGCGCGCUGAACGUAAACAACGCUCAUUAUGUUGAUUGCGUUCGGAAGGGUACUCUACAGAAUGGCAGAAUAGAGAGCAUAAAUGGUUACACUUUACUUUGACAGUGCCUUUAACACAUUCUGUUGGUAAUUUUGUAACUACGUCUCUACCUAGCUCUUAGAUUAGCCUGUUAGGGGGUCCUGCAGAGUUUAGCUCCGAUGCUAAUCAAACCCACCUGAAGCAGCUAAUCACGGUCUUACUAGGUAUACUUAAAACCUCCAGGCUGGUGUGUUGAGGCAAGUUAGACCUAAACUCUGCAGAACUCCGGCCCUCCAGGAUCACGUUUGAUGACCCCUGUGUUAGAAGACAUCAAGCAGAGCGUCUACUAAUACUCUAAUGACUGCUAGAUGACAUGUAGAUGCAAAAUGACUUCCUGUUAGUAGAGUGUCUGAAGUGGAAUAUCGAAAUAAAGUGUUACAGAAUUAAUUAUCGUUUUCUUUGUGCAUAAAUAUUUUCAUAGCUUCGUAGAAUUGCAGUUGAACCAUUGAUGGACUUUUUUUUUUUUUUUUUUUUAUUGAUGUCCUUGCUAUGUUUCUGAGCCUUUAUUGUGAAAGUUCCCUUGAGGUCUACGGAGGGUAGGAGAGGUCUUGGAUUUAAUCAAAAAUAUCUUAAUUUUCAUAAAUAUCAUCAUGAGGGCGAGUAAUCAUUGACUGACUUUUCACUUUUGGGUGAACUGACUCUUUAAGAUGGGCAUUAUAUAAUGUGGCUUUAUAUAACGGGCCUCAUUUAAUAUAUAUGCAUAGACAGUUGUGGCCAAAGUUUAAAAUAAUUACCAUGUUUUUCUGUUUUUACAAAAAAAAAAAAAUCUCUUGUGCUCUGUAAGUCUGCAUUUAUUUGAUGAAAACAUUUAAGGUAAAAACAAUAAUAUUGGCGAAAUAUUACAGCCGUGACGCCGGGGACCAGAGUAAUGAUGCAGAAAAUUCAGCUUUGCAUACGAAUGAAAUAUAUUAAAAUAGUACAUAGUUACUUUAAAUAGUAAUAAUAAUUUACAACAGGACUGCUUUUUCAUCAAAUUACUGCAGCUUAAAUUAUUUAUGUGACGUUUAAAGCAAAAUCUUUUUUUUUUUGUACGCUUAAUAUCAGCUCACAGGUGUUAGAUCUCUCUAAUUGUUGAAACGCAAAAUAAUAAUAAUGCGAAAUUACUACUGAAGUAGUAAUGAUAUUUUAGUAAUAGUGAUAUUUUAAGCAGAAAGACUUCUGGAACAGAACCAUACUUUGCAGCAGAACGAUACAACAAUAAAAAAAGUGAAGAGAAAGGCAUAACUGAUAACUAUUUGAAUCUGUGUUUUUAAAUGUCUGUCACAAUAAAAAUUAAAUACUA